UCUACCUCAGAUCCCACUGUCACUGUACUCGUGCCCUUGCUUGUGGAAGGAGUAGACAUGCGAUCCCUCCUAUUACUCAGUUUGCUGGUCGUAGCGGCUCACGCUCGCACGGUGCGAGUGAGGCCGGUAGCCGCCGUGGUGGACCAGGACACCCGUCAGGCGGAGUACUACGCAGAGCAGGACGAGGACGAAGGGGCUCCCAUCCUGGUAUCGCGGCAGGACACCUACGGACGUCCCUCAGGACAAGCAAGGAUCAACCCGAGGUUCAAGCCAGAAACUGCAAAGCAGCCUCCGGUUCAGACCAUCCGCAACUACAACAAGCUCAACGACGACGGAUCCUUCACCUUCGGCUACGAAGCAGCUGAUGGAAGCUUCAAGGAAGAGACCCGAGGUACUGACUGUGUAGUGAGGGGCAAGUACGGCUACGUCGACCCUGACGGCAACAAGAGAGAAUUCACCUACGUCUCUGGGAACCCUUGUGAUCCUAAUGCUCCUAACCAGGAGGAAGAGGAGCCACAGCUUCCUGACAGUGGGGAGGAGAACGUACCUCAGAAUAUUCCUGUGAGAAGACCCACCCCCUUGAGACCUAGACCCUCGACCACUCUGUUCCAGCAAAACUACAACAGUGCUUCUUCCCAAGAGGAGGAAGAGGAGAAUGUACCUGCUCGAGUGCCUGUGAGAACUACUCCUAGAGCUCGCCCUGUCACCACUACCUACAGACCGACCUACUCACAAAGCACACCCGCCCCUCAGUCUGUGUUCAGACCUUCUCCUUCACCCAAGGCUGCGUUUAUCUCACAACCUACACCAAAGGCAACAACAGCUGUGAGAAUCACUCCUCGACCUGCCACCGCAGAACCCGCGACCACAUACAGACCUCAAUUGUUAGAAGUUACCGCGUCACCUGCUCCGGUUUUCAAAUCGAGACCUUCCUCUGGCCAAAUCGACUUUGACGAGGAGUUCAAGAAGUUCCAGUUGGAGAACAAUGUAGUCUCAACGACAUCCAAGCCUUCCAAGGGAGUUACUAGUGACCCGAUCUACUCCACUGAGCUCGUGUUUGAUCCUUCUUCAGGCCAGUACAACACUGUCCUGUACCAAGCACUUCCACAGGGUGCCGGAGGAGAGGUCAAUUUGAGACAAAGACUUCAGCCAUUCGUUGACAGCCCGUUUUCAUCCAGCCCGUUCCUGCCUCGUCAACCCCAGCCACAGCCCCAGCCUCUGCAAUACCAACAACAGCUGUUCCAGCAGAGCCAAGCUCAACAGCUCGCACAAUCCCAACAGCUCUUCGCCCAGCAGCAGAGGAGGCAAAAGCCGGUGGCGAGCGAAGCGAGGUUGGAAAACCCCAGGACUCUCCAGAGUCAGGGAUUCCCCGCUAGUCUCUUACAACAGGAACCGCAGACGUUCCAGCCCCAAGCUUCUAGAAACCCGGUGUCUUCCGUGGCGGCGAUCCCCCCAAGGGCGCAGCCCACACGCUUCUCCUACCAACCCGAGGCCGUGCAGUCGUUCUACUACGUGAACCCUCAGGUGUCCAACAACCUCGCAGCUGGCCAGAUCGACGCGUUCCUCCGAGGCCACAGAAUACCUGUAUAACCUCCUGGGAACCUCCAGUGAACUGUUGCCAAAGCCUCGCCUGCGCCGUGUGUGUAGGAGACUCAGUGAAAGUGACCGAAUGUUCGUCUACGAGUGUUGUUGUCAAGAAACGCGUGACGCUCGUGACCCUCUUCCCCUCCACAGCAUCUCUUGUACAUAUUGUGCGACCUGACUUGACUUCAACUGUUAUUUAGAAUCUGUAGCUCUUUUUUUAAUUUUUCAAUUUCGAAUAAGUGAUUAGGAUUACGAUUGUUUAUUUAAUUGUAAAGUAAUUUUGUGAAUUAUACAUCUGUUAAUAG